AUGAUCCGGAUAGCCGGGUUGUUAGCCCUUACUCAGCGCUCUGCGCUUCUUAAAGUAUCCAGUGGUAACGAGCGCCCUGGAGACCGCAGUUAUAAUGUUUCUAAAAAUGAGGAGCACAUGUUGACAGGGGCGACUGAGAGAGUAUUUACUAAAUUGCUGAUUGAACACCUCCCUAAACAAUGCAAGUCACACUACUGGUCAUUUCAGGACCUAAUGAAUAACGAUGUCAAGGGGGCUAUAUCUUCAGGAGAGCCUGCAGCUGCCACCUUCAUUUUCUUCUCAGGCUUGGAACAGGUUGACGUCACCACAGAGCUCCUUGCAAAGCUCGAUGAGCUAUUAUUUACACACGAACAUCUAGCCAUUGUGUGUUUUAUCACCUCUGAGCUGAUACCCUACACAUUUAUGCGAUUCUUCGAUAUAUAUGAGGAUCUAAGCGCGUUGGCAGGUGGUGAAGACCUGCAAAACCAUAAGGUGUGGAGCCAACUUUCAGCUAAGUUAAGGGAACAGACAGUGACUAAUGAUAAGAUUGAUAAAAUACCGAUUCACCCUAAACUCACAGAUAGUAUCUAUAGUAUCGUAAUGAGCAUUCAAUCAACUGUCUUUUAUCAUGACGUGUUACUACUUCCUGCAGACGGAGAAGAUGGCGCGCCGAAAACCUUUGAGCUGACACCCGUUAAAUUAGAUCUCUACUUAAUAAGAGUCAUUGAAUACUGGGCCAGGGCGAUUGCAUACUAUGACACCCUUCUGAGCUCCUCCCCCCUCAGGCCAGUUGUCCUUCCAGCUCACGUCUCUGAGGCUCGCAGACUGGUGUUAACCCAUAGGGUGGCCACACUCCCUCUUACUGAGCUCACACUCGAAGAAAGAGGCCGGAUGCCAGAGUCCUUCGCGUACCUUUACAGGCUCCGUGCGAUGCUUGAAGCUCUGCCUUUGUAG